UUAUUUGCCACCUUCCCUGCAUGAAUGGAGGCCAGUGCAGUUCUAGAGAUAAAUGCCAGUGCCCUCCUAAUUACACCGGCAAACUUUGCCAGAUCCCUGUGCAGAAUGGCAAUACUCCAAAACUGUACCAUCACCCACAACAAAUGAAUAAGGCUGUAGGAUCACAGAUUAUCCACUCAACUCAUACUUUACCACUGACAAUGUCUGGACAGCAAGGUGUAAAAGUGAAGUUCCCUCCUAACAUAGUGAAUAUCCAUGUGAAACAUCCUCCUGAAGCUUCAGUUCAGAUCCAUCAAGUUUCAAGAAUUGACAGUGCAUCAACAGGACAAAAAUCGAAAGUACCUCAGCCAGGACAUCCACAGGUCUCUUACCAAGGUCUUCCAUAUCAGAAGACCCAGAAAGGACAUGCUACUUACACAAAUCAACAACCCAUUCCUCAUGUGUUUCCUGUUUCAGUUAAAACUCAGCUUGGACGCUGCUUCCAGGAGACUAUUGGAACACAGUGUGGCAAAGCACUUCCUGGCCUUUCAAAGCAAGAAAGACUGCUGUGGAACCGUGGGUACUUCCUGGGGUUUUAACAAAUGCCAGAAAUGUCCCAAGAAGCCAUGUAAGUGUUUCUUUGUUGUUAUUCUCCA